AUGGAUGGCCAACCCGAUGACUUCAAAAUCAAAGGCGCCGCAGCGAUCAAACGCACCCACACACCAGAAACCUGCACGAUCUGCCUCGAACCCAUCACCGAACGCGCCGUAGCAGCGCCGUGCAACCACCUGACGUUCGAUUUCAUAUGCCUCGUCUCCUGGCUGCAGGAGCAGUCGACCUGCCCACUAUGCAAGACACAGGUGUCUGAAGUGCAAUACGACUGGCGGAGUCCAGAUGACUACAAAACCUACCACGUUCCCACACGGGAAGAAGGAGAGAAGAAACGCGAAGCGCCAACGGGAAGGCGAAGACCUCGACGCCACCCACAACCACCACCACCGGCAAUAGAAGACCCCUCCCUAACCCUCCGCCGCGAAAUCUACACCCACCGCCUCUAUGCCCUGCACAUCGGCUCCAACGCGCACUCCAACUACCACUCCUUCACGCCGGCCGACGUCCGCAGCUCGCCCACCCUCCAAUCCCGCGCGAAGACCUUCCUCCGCCGCGAACUCCGCGUCUUCCCCUUCCUGACGCCCUCCCGCGUCGACUUCCUCAUCGAGUAUAUCCUGGCGAUUUUGAGGAAUUUUGAAUUGAGGGGGGCGGAUGGCAAGGCGGAGGAGUUGGUGGGCGAGUUUGUUGGGAGGGAGAAUGCGAGGCAGGUGGUGCAUGAGCUGGAGGCUUGGUUGAGGAGUCCGUUUGGGAGGUUGGGGGGGUGGGAUGAGAGGGUGCAGUAUAAAGAUCGAUGUGGUGAUCGUGGGAAGGGGGAAGGCGGGUUGAGGGGUGGGAGGGAUGAAUGCAACCGACAUGAUGUGUACGCGCCCAUGAUGUCUCGCUGA